UGAGACUUUCCGAAUGACGUUUGCAAGAAUUGCCGGGGUUUUAAGGUAAAGUCGGGGUGGUCUGAGCAUGCUUCUGAGGAGGUGUGUGUGGAAAGGAGAGCAAGUUGCUGACAAGUUUCCAGCUUUAAACAGAUCCUUCAGUUUUUAGCAUCAUCAUGUCUUCAGAGCAAACUUUAGAUGAUGAGGAUACUUUUAAGAUCCUGAUUGCAACAGAUAUUCAUCUCGGUUACCUUGAGAAAGAUGCUAUCCGUGGCAAUGACACCUACAACACACUGGAUGAAAUCUUGAAUUGUGCCAAGACAAAUCAGGUUGAUUUCAUCCUCCUGGGAGGAGAUCUAUUUCACGAGAACAAACCGUCACGGCGAUGCCUCCACAGCAGCAUCACUAUGCUGAGGAAAUACUGCAUGGGGGAUUCACCAGUAACCUUUAACAUCCUCAGUGACCAGACUGUCAACUUCAACACAACCAAGUUCCCGUGGGUGAACUAUCAAGAUGAAAACCUGAACAUCUCUAUUCCCGUGUUCAGCAUUCAUGGCAACCAUGAUGACCCAACUGGGGCGGAAGGGUUGUGUGCUCUGGAUCUGCUAAGUGCUUCUGGUCUCGUCAAUCACUUUGGCCACUCCCAGUCAGUGGAGAGGAUAGAGAUUAGUCCCAUCCUUUUGAAGAAAGGCAACACCAAGUUGGCCCUUUAUGGUCUUGGUUCUAUUCCAGAUGAGCGUUUGUACAGGAUGUUUGUCAACAACCAGGUAACCAUGCUUCGACCCAAAGAAGACCAGGAUGAAUGGUUUAACAUGUUUGCGAUCCACCAAAAUAGAAGUAAGCACGGUCCCACAAACUACAUUCCCGAGCAGUUCCUAGAUGACUUUCUUGACCUGGUGGUGUGGGGUCACGAACAUGAGUGUUUGAUUAAACCGUCCAGAAAUGAGCAGCAGCUCUUCUACGUGACACAGCCAGGCAGCUCUGUAGUCACCUCCCUGUCCCCUGGAGAGGCUGCCAAGAAACAUAUUGGACUGCUGAGGGUGAAAGGUCGUAAGAUGAACCUGCAGAAGAUCCCCUUAAAGACGGUCCGUCAGUUCUUUAUCCAGGACGUGGUGCUGGCUGACUACGAAGACCUCUUCACACCUGAUACACCUCAGGUCACAAAGAAGGUGGAGGACUUGUGCUAUGCGAAGGUCACAGAGAUGCUAGAGGAAGCAGAGAGGGAAAGGCUUGGAUGUCCACUCACACCAGAGAAACCCUUAAUCCGGCUGAGGGUGGACUACAGUGGAGGCUUUGAGACGUUUAACACUUCCCGCUUUAGUCAGAAGUUUGUGGACCGCCUGGCUAACCCAAAAGACAUCAUUCACUUCCUCAGAAAGCGGGAGCAAAAGGAGGACAUCAAAGAUGAGGUGAAUGUUGACUAUAGUAAGCUGAUAAAACCAACUGCAGUUGAAGGGCUGAGAGUGGAGGACCUAGUCAAGCAGUACUUUGAGGCAGCUGAGCAGAAGGUCCAGCUGUCCCUGCUGACUGAGCAGGGCAUGGGAAAAGCCAUUCAGGAGUUUGUAGACAAAGAUGAGAGAGAGGCCAUCGAGGAGCUCAUCACCUACCAGUUAGAGAAGACACAGCGCCACCUUCAGACCAGAGGAGUAACUACAGAGCAGGAUAUAGAUGCAGAGAUUCGGCUGUUCAGAGAUUCCAAAAAGAACACGACUGAAGAAGAAAAUGACAUUAGAGAAGCCAUCAAUAGAGCCAAAGCUCACCGGAAGGAGCGUGGCAAUAAUAAAGAUUACGAUAUGCCUGAUGAGCUUGCGGAUGUCGCCAUGAYCUCUGAUGAUGAUGAUUCAGUUUCAUUUGCUGCUCCCACACGAGGCAGAGGCCGAGGAGGGAGAGGAAGAGGUGGCCGAGGCAGGGGCAGAGGUGCUACUGCRGCAGAAGCAAAACCAGCUGGUCGUGGUCGUCCCCAGAAAUCAGCUGCAGCAAGCCAAAGCAGAAGCAUCAUGCAGGCAUUUCAGGUUGGACCUUCCAGAUCUCAGGCUGGACCCAGCAGAUCUUUUACAGCCGAUGAAAUGAUUAUUGACUCGGAUGAAGAUAUUCCUAUGAGAUCCACUAAGCCUCCUCAGAGAUCAUCGUCAUCAUCAGCUUCUUUUUCGAGGUACAGUUCUCAAAGCCAGAGCCAGUCAUCUCGAGGAGUUGCAUUCGAUGAUAGUGAUGAAGAGGAGGAUAAUCCAUUCAAAGGCUCCAGACAUCCUUCCAGAAGAUAAAAUACAAACUGCUUCUGCAUUCAAAUGUCUUAAUGUUUACAAUAUUGUUCAGCCAUUCUUGCUUAAGKUGAAAUGAUCCAAAUAAUUUAAUUCCUGAUCAAAGGUUAUUACUGUAAUGUUUUUAGAAGGAUGAGUGGAGCAAAUACGAYCAUUGUUUUUGUCUUUGCACCCUCCGAGGGUUUGCUGUUGCAUGUUAACACUGUUCUGUGUGAUUUCAUUGACCUUUGUUGUUUUAUAGGAAAUAAAGUUUUUCUCUGUGAUUUAA